AUGAAGACCCACUUGCUUCUCUGGGGAGUCCUGGCCAUUUUUGUUAAGGCUCUCCUUGUAACAGGUGACGACGACGAAGCGACCGUUCUUGCUGACAACAAAUGCAUGUGUACCCGAGUUACCUCUAGGAUCAUCCGUUCAACCGAGGAUCCUAAUGAGGACAUUGUGGAGAGAAAUAUCCGAAUUGUUGUCCCUCUGAACAACAGGGAGAAUAUCUCUGAUCCCAACUCCCCACUGAGAAGGAACUUUGUGUACCAUUUGUCAGACAUCUGUAAGAAAUGUGACCCUGUGGAAGUGGAACUGGAAGAUCAGGUCGUCACUGCCACCCAGAGUAACAUCUGCAAUGAAGACAGUGGUGUUCCUGAGACCUGCUACAUGUAUGACAGAAACAAGUGCUAUACCACUAUGGUCCCACUUAUGUAUCAUGGUGAGACCAAAAUGGUGCAAGCAGCCUUGACCCCUGAUUCUUGUUACCCUGACUAGUUUGAGUCACUCACCAUGCAGCGCGUCGUCCUUUGAGGCUCUCCAUUUGCACCCAGAAGUUAU